CUGGAAUUGUUUGUUUGUAAAAAUGUCUUUGUUUUCGUCUCCUUAGGCCAUAGUCACUCAUAGAUAAAAAGGAAGUGAAGAAGAGACUAGAACCAAACAAAAGAAAGGUCCAUUAUGGAUUAUUAUGAUGAUCUUCUCUCUACACCUUUGUUUUCUCGAAGUCUCAACUUGCCUUGUCGGAUUUCCCACCUGUUCCGGUCACCAAACCUCCUUCUCUGGUCACUCCCUCAGAUUCACCCUCUCUAGUCUCUAGUUCCCAACAACAAACUCCAAGAAUCUCUCUUUAAAUUUGCUUCGGAUGUUCAACAGAGCAGUUCCACACUACAUAAUACACUUUAACGGGGAAACAAACCAGAAAAAAGUGUCGUGUAGGUAAACACAUUAUGGGGCAUUUUUCCUCAAUGUUCAAUGGGUUGGCACGGUCUUUUUCAAUGAAGAAAGGAAGAAGGAAUGGGAAAUGUGGGGGGAGGGAAGCUGCUGAAGCAAUGGCAAAGGAAGCUAAGAAGAAUGACAUGAUGUUGUGUAGCUCUGGCAUUGUUCAUGUCGAUGGUUCAAACAACUUUGCCUCCGUUUUCUCCAAAAGAGGCCAGAAAGGAGUGAACCAAGAUUGCUGCAUGGUGUGGGAGGAAUUUGGAUGCCAAGAGGACAUGAUAUUUUGUGGGAUAUUUGAUGGGCAUGGACCAUGGGGUCACUUUGUGGCCAAAAGAAUAAGAGAGUCAAUGCCACCAUCUUUGCUAUGCAACUGGCAGGAGACAUUAGCCCAAACUUCAAUUGAUCAUCCGGCUAUUGAUGUAGAGGAAGAGAAAAGUAAACAUUACAGAUUCAACAUAUGGAAGCAUUCUUACUUGAAGACUUGUGCUGCCAUUGAUCAAGAACUAGAGCAAUAUCGCAAGAUAGACUCGUUUUACAGCGGAACAACUGCCCUAUCAAUUGUUAGACAGGGUGAACUCAUUGUCAUAGCAAAUGUUGGCGACUCUCGUGCUGUAUUGGCUACAACAUCAGAUGAUGGAAGUCUGGUACCAGUUCAACUAACAAUCGAUUUCAAGCCAAAUUUACCACAGGAGGCAGAGAGAAUAAUUCAGUGCCAGGGGCGUGUGUUCUGCUUAGAGGACGAGCCAGGGGUGCAUAGGGUGUGGUUACCGGAUGAAGAGUCUCCGGGACUAGCCAUGUCUAGGGCCUUUGGUGACUACUGCAUCAAAGGGCAUGGUCUUAUUUCUGUGCCUGAGGUAACACACAGAAAUAUAACUAGUAGAGACCAGUUUGUUGUGCUAGCCACUGAUGGGGUUUGGGAUGUAAUCUCUAAUAAAGAAGCAGUGGAUAUUGUAUCUUCAGCAGCAGAUAAAGCUAAGGCAGCUAAACGUUUGGUGGAGUGUGCGGUGCAUGCAUGGAAACGCAAGAGACGGGGCAUUGCCGUGGAUGACAUUUCAGCUAUUUGUCUCUUCUUUCACUCUUCUUCCCUUUCAACAGGGCAAGUUAGCCAGGUUGCCACAUUAAAAUAGAUUAUUAUCGUGUAAAAUGGGCUGGUCGAUCAUGUCAUACUUGAUGAUGUUGGCUUGAUGUACCUUUGGUCCAAUUAACAUAAGUUGAUUAAAAGUGCAUGGUAAAUUUGUUUCUUCCUUAGUUAUUACA